AUGCAAUUCUCAACUGUUAUCGCUUCAUUGGCCUUAGUCGGAUCCAUCCAAGCUAAAUUCCACAACGAUACCGCUGCCGGUGUCUCCAACUCCACCGCUGGUGGUGCCGGAAAGAACGGUACUGCUGCUGGCGCUGGUGGUGCUGGAAACGGUACUGCUGGUGGUGCCGGUGGUGCUGGUAAGAACGGUACCGGUGCUGGUGCCGGUGGCAAGAACUCCUCCGGUGGUGCCUCUGGUAACGCUGGUGCCAUUGCUAACGCCAACAUCUACGGUGGUGCUGCUGUCGUUGCCGCUGCUGUUGCUUUAUUGUACUAA